CAAAUAUAUCCAUUUAUAUUUUAAACAGGUUGAGAAAAUUAAUUCACUGAAUUCAUACAAUGGAUGGAUGACAAAAUCCUCUGUUGUCUUUCCAUGCAAAAAUGCAUUCCUAAGUUCAAACCGAAGUUAGUAUGAGGCUUUAUAAGUCUUUAGUGUUAGUCGAAGCCAUGGCUGUAUUUGAAGCCAUGUGUUCUUUUAUAUAGGCUUAAGUACAUUAUAAUAUUUAUCUUCUAAAUUUAUUAAAUACAAUUUAAUUUACACAAGCCUAGUACAUGCCACUAUGCCUAUUGAUGAUUAACUCACCAUAUGCUUUUAAGUUGCGACAAUUUUUUACUGGAUAUUACAAUAGCCUAUUUGUGUUUACCUAAUCAAUAUUUUUGACAAAGAAUCACAGCACACAUACAGUACUUAAUUGUUUUAUUUACCCUAUAUUUUUCACGUCUUCUGGCCUAAGCUGAAACUGUUUUGUUUAUGUGACUGAUCAGUGGAUUGUCACAUUUUGACAAAGCAGUGGAGAUAAAAAUAGGUAACCAGGGAUCUCAGUUUACCUACAGAGGGCCAUGCAGACCCCAGUGAUGUAACAGCAUCUCCCGUCUUCACAAAGAUCAUCACGACAGAAAGACCUCUCACUGUGUGGCUUUUUCUUUGUACAGCAAGGGUCAUGAUGCAACUCACUAUUAUUUUCAAAAAUAAUUUCCAUUAAUUGUUCAGUGUAUAAAAUGUUAGAAGCAAUUUAAAUAGUAUACUAUUAUAAAAUGAAUGUAUUUGUAUGUAGGCCUAUGUUGGACCAAAAUACCUGCAAGCUAUAUAUAAACCGGAAUUGUGUUUUUCCCCUGCCUGACACAUCACUACAUCAUAAAGGAUCUUCGUCCACACGCCCAGCCUCAGCACCAGCUCAUCCUUUCUGAACGGGGUUUUUCCCCCAGUAUGUGCGCACUAACGGUAGGCUAAAAGAAACCAUGAUAAGGAGCCCUUCGUGGUAAGGACGAACGCUGCUGGACCUCGUUCUCCUCCUCCCGAGCUCGUGUUUCGCGGUUCGGUAUGUCUUUGAGCCUGCUUCCCGUCUCGCCAUGCCCGCUGCUGAACGCCACCUGCCGCCGCCGCCGCUGCUGCUCUUUCUGCCGUGGUUGCUUCUGAUUUUCUGCCUGGAUGGGGCGGUGAGAGCAGCGGGGGAGGGCGGCGGCCUGCCCUCCUCCUCGCCCGGGGACAAUGGCCUCACCGUCGCGGUCGGAGACCCGUCCGCCACCGACCCAACCGCCGCGGGGCGAUUUCUCAGCUCCUCCGCUCUGACCGCAGAGACCCAGUUUGCCCUGAAGGUGCUGGUAAGGGACCUGGUGACCCGUCAGCCACUGCCGGGUGCGUCAGUGGACAUAUAUGUCAACCACACCCUGAGGAGUUCUGCCCAAACAGGGGAGAGAGGUGAAGUUCUGCUCUGGGUAUUGUACAGUCCGGGCCUCAGUCUGACUCUGCUGGGCAACAUGGAAGGCUACGUCCCCAGCGCCCUGCCCUGGAGCACCACCAAGAGACCGAUUUUCUCAGCUGUGACGUUGCUGCUGCUCCCUCACAGUCAGGGCAACAUCUGGCUGUUUGAAGACUCAGUACUUAUCAGCCGGAAGUUACCUGACAGUUCAUCCCAACCCAAGGUUUCGUUCCCCAAGAACCUCCUUACAAUGUCUGAUAAGAGCAACGUCUCCUCAGUGACAGCAUACCUGACUGUGCCACAGCACCACCUAGCUAAAGACUGUGCCAACUGCACGCCGGGCAUCAUCAGCAGCAAAUCAGUGUUCAGAAGCAUCGAGCUGAAGGCGGUGGCAGCCAUCAGUGUCCUGCUGUACUCUGGUGGUCAGGAACUCCAGGUACGAGGGCCCAUUCAAAUCAGCCUGCCCCUGGGACACAGCACGCACCUCAGGGCCUCUGAUACUGUGCCAGCCUGGGCCUUUAACACAAAGACAGGUGCCUGGGAGAAUCAGGGUCUGGGAAUAGUAAAAACAGUUGGUGAUGAGCUGGUUUGGACCUAUACCGCUUCCCAUCUGGGCCACUGGAUCGCUGCCCCACUUCCCUCAUCAAACGAUUACCUGGGUCAUGGAAGCUCUUUGGAUUUCAUAUCACACCACACCUACCUGUUGAUGGGAAUACUGGGAGGAAUGCUGGCUAUAGUAAUUGGAUUCCUUUCCUUGCUGCUGUGUUACUGCGGAGGUUCUCAUCAAGAGCCCAGGAGUAGGAGGAGAGCACGCUUUUCCAAACUCACAGUGGUGAAAAAAGACCAAACCACCUCCACCCACAUGGAAGAGGGUUUGUUGUUCCGUUCUGGCGACAACAGCCUCGCUUCCUGCAGUGUCCAGUGUGAACCUUCGUCCACACCGAGGCACAAGGCCAACUACAACAUAUAUGUGGAGGAUCCAGGGAGUCUCCCGGCGGCUCCCUUUUAUGACAACAUUGCUCUGAGUCGGAUCAAAGGUUCCCAGCCACCCUCUCACUACAUCAACAGUGAAGAGGUGGCUCGGCUUCGGGAGAGGUCAGAGCAGAACCGGGCCAACAUGAACUCUGACAACUUCUUUCCAGAUAAGCUGGUUCAUAUCUACAACCAGCCGGUGGCCAUCAUUCAGGCGCCGGAGCUUUUCAGUGCUCAGGAGCAGCAACUGUCAGGCUGCAAGUCUGCUACUUUCCCCCGCAACGGAGGUGAGUAUGAUGCUCACUCGGAGCCUGCAAGUAAGGACAGCUACACCCAGACACUACCCAAAGUCCCUCACCACCACUCCCAAGGUGGAAGCAGUCCACAGCAGAGCAGCCAAGAUGAGCCCCAUUCUCUGGAGACUCCUCCCCAAGGCCAAGGCCCUAACGCUAGUGUGUGGGGACGCUACAGUAACCUCCUUGAAUCCUCCGUCUCUGUGCCUGGGACUCUUAAUGAAGCAGCUGGUAUGGAGGCUUUCAGCAAUGGGCAUGGUGUACCCAGUGAGCUGCAGGGGAUUUCAGAGCGCACCUUGCUGGAGCUUACUCGGGGCAAGUCCUUGUCGUCUCACCCCAGGGCCUGGUUUGUCUCCUUAGACGGGAAGCCGGCUGCCCAGGUUCGCCACUCCAUUAUUGAGCUCCAAAGCCGACACCGCCCACCUAGCAGCAACGACACCAGCCUGGACUCAGGGGUGGACAUGAACGAGCCUCAGCAGAAUAUCCGCGAGACAGAGCGUGACAGGCCUUCGAUCAGGGCUUCUUCCCUGCCACACCACAGCCGAGGGGGGCGUUACGGUGAAGAACAGGACCUGAGCAGUAGUGAGAGUGGCACAACAGCCACCUGUACGCCGGAGGACCCUUACCUGAGGAACAUUUUAGACGGGAGCAGUGGGGCUAUUCCCAACAUUCCUGAAGAGCGAGACGGUAUGGAUACAUCCAGCGCUCAGGAAGACAGUGAGUCAAGAGGUACACCGCCUCCACGGCGUCUGAGGAAGGUGAGGGAGAAGGGGAAAACGGAAAAGAGGAGUGCCAAGCAUGUCCGCGAGGGGAGGCCUCUGACCAAGCGAAGUUAGAGCAUGGCUCAUUGCAGACGAGAAUUCUUUCAUCAGUGCUGAAUUUAAAUGUCCCAUUAACAAUUUAACCCACAUCAAGCUAUUUUCAUCACGUGGUGUCAUCAGUGCUGAGUGAUCCAAAUUAGUUUUUUCCACUAGUGCUCACACAGGCAUUGUUGUUGUUGGGUUAUGUGAUUGUACAACUUUGCCAAAGAAUGCAUAACCAAGCUCAAGAUAUAAAGCAGGAUGUAUGUCAUGUUGAAGCAUUAUGUAGCUGCUGUUAGACAACUUUGCGCACCAUGUUCUCUCAUUCUCCCAAAUCUGAAGAUCACCAGCGAGAUUCUUCACAGCAAAAUGUCCGUGUGAACACGAUAUCACAUAGUCCCCAGCACUGGCAUUAUAGAGGGUGCCUUCUUACUGCCUGUAAUUAUUAAAUAUGAUGAUGUAAGACACAGUAUGUGUCUGUGUUUAGUCAAAUCUGGUGAGUUUGCAGGAUGGACAAAGAUACAGGUCUAUGUGUAGUGCACUUAUCCUCACCAUAAAUGCCUGCUGUAAAUUAAAUAAGAUAUAGAAGCGUUCCCGGUUUUCAGUGCUGACAUCUCAUUCUGAUCAUACUGCCUCAUUUUACUUAAAGAGAGGCUUUGGGGUUCAUUAGAGGAUUCAGUUGUGUCAUUAGUGGAAUCAGCUAUGUCAGAGAAUUCAAGUUUUCAACUCACGACACGAAAUUCUCCUUUAUAUCGGAGUAAUACACUGAUGUACAUUAUAAAGCUAAGCUGCCAUUUUGAAGUUAUCACACCUGAUAGUCAAGGUUUCAAACCUACGAUUAUUUUAGAAUGCAUGAAUAUGAAUGUUUCCUUGUGUGUAUGAAAAUAUUUGGCAUUUUACUGUAGAGCUUACAUUAUGCUAUCCUGGCUGUUAAAUUACAUGAUGACUUAAUUUUAUUGUCUAGUCUUGAAAGGGGACUCACUGUUGUGCUGCCAACUGUAACUACUGUAAGGAGCUAUUACAACACAACCCCAGGACUUCUACACUAUGUUGUUUCUGGAUAUCAUCCAGCUACUGUUAACAGCCUGAGUAAGGAGGAAUUGUUGAGUGGUUGGAAGUUGCACAGCUCUGUAGGUAAAUAUUUGAUAUAUUAACAUUUAGAUGUUAAGGAGGCCAAAAACUUCUGCUUAGCCCUCCAAGUUAUGCAUUAUAAUUAUCAUUUUCUUUUUUAAUAACAUACAGUAUUAUCCCUUGUAAUUAUUUUUGAUUCGGUGCCCUGGAGUUUUGCUUUUUACAAACUCUUAUUAAAUUGACAAUAUAUUUACUUCCUAAUUAGCAACGACCAUGGGAUUACUUUUUUUGUAUUGAAAGAUAUAACUUAGGAAAGAAAGAUUUUCAACAGAUUUUUCAAGAUGGUCCACUACAUCUUGGUACAAAUAUUAGAUGGACUGCCAUCGGAUUUUGUACAGACAUUCAGGGCGCCAAGAGGAGAUUCCUCUAGCACCACCAUGAUGAGGCUGACAUUUGUGGUUUUGUAUGAAAUGUUUCAACUGCUGUUGGAUGGACUGCCAUGACAUUUGGCACACACAUUCACGCCCCCCCCUCAGGAUGAAUUCUAGUAACUUUUGUGAUCCUUAAACUUCUCAUCUACUGCCACAAUCCCGGAAAAAAACUUCCAACACUUUGGUUUAUGACUAAAUACUUACAUAGCUAAUGACUUUCCCAUCAGCCAUGGCUGCAAUGAGUGUUUAGUGCUAAUUAGCUGUUACAUGCUAACAUGCUGAACUAAAAUGGUGAACAAUGUUAACCUUAUACCUGCUCAACAUUACACUUAGUGAAAAGCAUUACAGUGCUUCAAUAUGGCCUCACAGAGCAUGGGUCUCUUAGUCUUGUCUGGGUUAAACCCAAGUUUUCAACAAAUGUACAGUAUUUUAAUACCAAACUACAAAGUCACAUGUAUGCCUGUAUUUCAUAUCUGUCUUCUACUUUACAUGGUGGUUUUUUUGAGUCAAAUAAAGCACACUACACUUUAAUAUGUGAGACACACAGCAUUCCCAGAAACCUAUUGACUUUUCAGUGUGCAAAUAAAACAGCAACAAUACUGAAUACUGAUAUCACUGGCCAUACAUGAAAAAGUUUUGCAAAACAGUCAUCAUGAAUAUCAGAAAGUGGUUCUACUAGCAAUAUUUUAAAUUUAAAAUGGAACUUUGCAGCCACAAUUUUGCCAUAUUUAGUCUUCCGUCAUGGUACUACUUUAAAUUAUUUCACUGAGGAGUUCAAUUUGUACGUAUAAGGUUCGAUUCUGUAGCUACAUUCAUGUUUUAUUUUGUAUGUAUAUAGUCAAUCAACAUUUUCUGUAUUAUAUGGCUGUGGUUUAAAUUAUUUUGUGCUAUUUUUCUUCCAUCUAAAAGCAAAGGUCUGACAGUUGUUCCAGUGAAUGGUUGAUUGACAAGCUUUUUGAGCCAGCGUCGUAAAAUGUUAUCAAUGUGAAUUUUUAAGGUUAGCCUAAAGAGUGUCUUUCCAUAGGUGUGUAUAAUAACCCUGAGCUUCAUAAUUUUAAAUGUAGCAACAACUUGAGCACUUAAUCAUUUAGUAUGCUUAAACAUUAAAAUACUUUCUCCAGCUCGUCACCAUCAGCUUUAUAUCCCAGCUUACACGGCGACAUGAGUAGUUUGUGAACACUUGACACUUGUGCUGAUGAAUCUUUACAUGCAAAUCAAACCUACUGCCACUCCUGUUUUAAAGUGAUCUUGCUUAAUGUAUUUGUAUUGAUUUGAAUGUAGAGUGCUCCUCUUGUGUCUAGCCAUUGAACCUCAUGGGCUUUUGUUUCUUCCAAAAUGGGCACCUCUUGUGUUUCCCUCUGUAGUGAUGGUAGUGUUAUUAGUCUUGCCUUUUUGUGCAUUAAAUUAAUAAACUUACUUGAUACCAAUAAUUGUUCAGAAGAUGCUUUCAUUCUUCUUCUUCUUCUUUGAAGCAUAUUUGUACAAAAACAAUAUU